AAAUCUUCAGGUCAUGGUGAGGUGAAGUCUACAACAAGAAAAGUAGCGACUACAGAAAUGCAAAUAGAAACAGGAGUUCACAGUACAGAACAGAAAGAAAAUAUCCAAAACAUGAUCCUUGAGCAAAUUCUUCAAAGACUCAAUGCGAAUGAGCUAAGGCAGAGUAGCCUAGGGGCACAGAAUCGCUUCUAA